AUGAGUGUCUCUCAAGAGAGAGAGGAGGUUGCAGGUCACAGUGAGACACUCGGACCAGAGACUGCAACGCAUGGCUGUGGGACCACCAAGAAUGACAUGGCAGACGCUGGCUCAACGUCUCACCAUGAUGCACGACCACAGAUGCCCAGACCUCCAUCUCCAGUGCCCAGCUGUGUGUCCAUGAAGAGUGAUAAAUCCAUGGAUUAUCCUCCCAAAUUCAGCAAUGAGCCAAUACCUCCAGGUCCAACACCACAGACACACAGACCUCCAUCUCCAGUGCCCAGCUGUGUGUCCAUGAAGAGUGAUAAAUCCAUGGAUUAUCCUCCCAAAUUCAGCAAUGAACCAACACCACCUGAUGUAACACCACAGACACACAGACCUCCAUCUCCAGUGCCCAGCUGUGUGUCUAUGAAGAGUGAUAAAUCCAUGGAUUAUCCUCCCAAAUUCAGCAAUGAACCAACACCACCAGGUCCAACGUGA